ACUUCCGCAUCUUCAAUCGAGCGAUAUCUCUUUGUUUUAUUGGACUGGAUUUGUCAGAUUCAAUAAAAAUGAAGAUCGCUGCCUUCAAUGUGAAGAGACUGGGAAGGACUAAAGUCAACAAAAAGGACGUACGGGAAAUUAUCAUUAAGAUUGUGUCUCAGUACAGCGUGGUGGUGCUGGUGGAGGUGAUGGAUGUGAGUGGUGUGGCCAUGGAGACUUUCCUCACACAUCUUAAUGACUAUGGAGAUAACAGAAGUAAUCGGUACGGCAUGCGGUGCAGUACAUCUCUGGGACAAAAUCGCUACAAGGAGAAGUUUGUCUACUUCUACAGAAAGAAAGAAGUGCAGAUAUUAGACUCCUACCAGUACAGAGGAAAUGAUGUGCUGACCAGAAAGCCUUUCGUUCUCCUUCUAAAUUGUCCAAAAACAGUUGUACAGAAGCUGGUGUUGAUCCCGGUCCACACCAAACCAAGUAACGCAGAGGCGGAGCUGAUCGCUCUUCAUGACGUGGUUGAGGUUGUGAGGGAAAAAUGGAAGAAGGAUAACAUUAUGAUUUUGGGAGACUUUAAUGCCGAUGGAGAUUCUCUCUCCAAGAGGAAGAAGGAAAAGCUCCGCAUCUCCUCGGCUCCUUAUCAUUGGCUGAUAGGCGAUGAUGUCGACACCACGACUAGUAACAAAACACAAAACGCCUACGACAGGAUCGUGGUUUACGGAGAAAGGAUGCUGGAGGCCAUCGUCCCCAACUCAGCCAAAGCCUACAACUUCAAGGAAGAGUUGAACUUGACACAAGAAAAAACUCAGAGUGUCAGUGAUCACUACCCUGUGGAGCUGAAGCUGGAGCUGGAGCAGAUGGCUCAGUGAAAAAGGAAUCCAGUGAGACCCUUGACUGGAGGAAGACCUCAGGGAGCCCAGAAGAAGAAGAGGAGAGGAGCGUAAGCCAAGAGAAGAGGAACCGAUCUUCAAUAUGUUAUUAUCUUAAAGUAGUUUAGUUAUUAGCUUUUAGUGAUGAGCGCUAUUCAACCCUUAUGUUGUGUUCGGGUCUCCCUUGACCCGUUUCAAGUUAGUGUUAGGGUAAGUAAUGUGUUUUGGGGCCA